AUGACACAUCAGGUUGCAGUGUUGGGUUCGGGAUCGUUUGGGAUCUGUUUAGCUAUUCUGGCAGCUCGGGCUGGUCAUCGGACAAUUUUGUGGGGGCGUAACCCAGACACAAUGUUACACCUUGAAAGAACACGGUCUCAUCCUAUUCAUUUGCCACAGGUCAAGCUGCCCGAUUCUUUGGAAGUUACGUCAGAUUUGGGUGAUGUACUGCAGGUCGCUUGUUUAGUUCAUGCUAUUCCAGCACAACAGACUCGUAUUUUUUGGCAAGAUUUACAAGAUGCAAUUACUGUUGAUACAAAACUAUUAUUAGCAACAAAAGGGUUUGAAGAAAAUACAGGGUUACGACUAGAUGAAGUAUUUACAGAUCUUUUUGGUGAACAAUGGGUAGCUAGGCAGCUUGCAGUUUUAAGUGGGCCGACGUUUGCUGCAGAGCUUGCUCAGCAAAUGCCUAGUGCAGCGGUCGUGGCUUCAAGGAAUGAAGCUAUAGCCACGUUUUGGCAACAGCUAUUUUCAAGCGAUAAAUUAAGGCUUUAUACGUCUAAGGAUUUAAUUGGUGUUCAGGUUGCCGGUGCUUUUAAAAAUAUUAUUGCUAUCGCAGCUGGCAUUAGUGAGGCGAUGCAAGUUGGGCUCAAUGCACGAGCUGCUUUAAUUACAAGAGGACUUGCUGAAAUGAUACGUUUUGGUGUUGCACAGGGUGCUGAUCCUGCGACGUUUAGCGGGCUUGCAGGUUUAGGAGAUCUUGUUUUGACGACGACGGGUCAUUUAAGUCGUAAUCGUCAGCUUGGGUAUCGUAUUGGUUUAGGCGAGUCCCCUAGUGAUAUUUUAGGGUCAGCAAAAGAAGUAACAGAAGGUGUUGCUACAACUGCAAGUGUUUACAGACGUGCUCAAGAAAUGGGAGAGAGCCUUCCGAUUACAGAACAGGUUUUUCAGAUUCUUUUUUAUGGUAAAGAUCCAAAGCGGGCUGCUUUGGAAUUUAUGCAGCGAACAUUAAGACCAGAAUAA